UAAUUUUGCUUCGAUUGCAUCAGGCAUUGGUAUUCAGUGAAAUUAUACCGUCUGCUGUGUUUACAGGACCAGAUCAAUUAUCUAUUGGAGCGGCUUUGGCCCCUUUAGUGAAGUUUUUUAUGGUGGUCCUCUACCCUGUUGCUGGACCAGUCGCUUGGUGCCUCGAUAAGAUGCUAGGGGAGGAGCAUAGAGGGCGGUAUAAUAAGGCGGAGUUCAAUGCUUCGCUCAAUUUACAUCAGUGUUAUGAGCUUGAAGGUGGUACUUGCCUCAGACCGAUGAGAUUGAUAUCGAGACAGGAGGAAGCGACCAAUCGUCUCCGUCGGAUGCUCACACGACAACUGGAGGAGGCGGUCCAACAGGGAGAGGUGAAGUCCAUCAUCGUGUACUAG